GGCACACGGGCUCCAGGUGGCCCUGGUGACCCGGAUCUCCAUUUGACACAGGCUGAAGCACUUCCUCUAUCACCUGGGCCCUGGCUCCCCUCUUCCCUCCCACGCCAUCUGUGCACUGCCUUGCAGCUCUUCUGCAGAGGAAUUUGCAUCAUGCUGCAGUAGGAGGACUCCUCGGGACAGCGCCACCGAGCCAUGGUCUGUCCGGCUGCUCCCCGGCUGCUCUUGGCCGUGACUUUCCUGCUGGGAUCAGCGGUCGCCCCAACGUCCCAGCCUGUUCAAGGUCAGGCUGGAGAGGGACCCGGACAGCAGCUGGACCACAAGAGUGGAGCAGGGGAUUCAGUCCUGGUCUCUGUCUAUGUGCAACUGGAAUUCUCGGACAAGACCUGCUCGCUGGCACACCACAGGGCCCUGACUCUUCCCACUGCCUCGGCUGCUUCCUCCCCAAGAACUCUCACGGGCCUUAGCAUCACAACAGAAUGUAAUGUAAGCCGCAAGGGGCACAGCCACUGUGCUUGCCGCCCUGGAUACCAGUGGAGUGCCCAUCUCUGCUCCAGCAACAAGGCCUGCCCUUCCCAACGCCACAGUGGUCAGCCCUGUGACUGUCAAAUCUUCAGCCAUUCUGUCCCCGGCUACUGCCAGUUGCUGCCACCUGUUCCUGGGAACUUGACCCUGAACUCCCAGCUGCAGAUGCCAGGUAACAACCUAAACCUGACUCUGCUCACGACCUACAACGCCACCAACCUGAAAUGGUACUUGAGACGUACAGAGAGUGACAAACGCAUCUCCCUGCGGUCAGGGACGCAGGUGUCCCUGAACUUCAGCCAGGGCCAGGCCAGCCUCAGCAUCACCAACAUGUCCCACCACUGGGCAGGUGAGUACCUAAUCUCCUUCGAGGCCCAGGGAUUUAUAUGGAAGCUGCAGCAGGUGGUAAAGGUGCCCUUGCAGAAGACGGAAGUGGUUCAGUUUCCAGACCAGCUGUCCAUCUCCUGCACUGCCUCCCCUGGCUUCCAGCUGAGCUGCUGCUUUCCCAGCACAAACCUGGUCUACAGUGCUGCCUGGAGCCCCAGGGAGAGCAGCCAAGUCUCCUUACUGAACAGGACAGGCUCUCGGUGCCUACUGCUGGACGUUCAGCACUGCCCGGAAGCCAACACCAUAUACACCUGUGUGCUGGAGAGUCAGGGCCUGGCUCCUCUUAGGAGAUCUGUUGCCAUCACUGUCAUCCAGGAUGGAGACAUUGUCUGCCCUGCCGACUUCUCAGCUGCUGCCUGGAAUGUCACUAAAGCUGGCCAUGUGGCGCAGGUCCCAUGUCCCAUGAACAAGACAGGCACAGUGGAGAGACCCUGUGGGCCUGAUGGGAUCUGGGGGCCCAUCCAGAACAACUGCAUAGACACGGGGAUCCUGGCCUUGUAUGACGAAGCCAUGCUGCUGCAGGCCGGCCAGGGAAAGCCUGAUGAAAGGGUGCCACAGAUCCUGGAAAUGCUGCAAGAGCGGGUAGAGGUGGCGAGCACGCCCUCUGACUUACUGAAACUGCUGAGCACCGUGCAAGUACUGGCCAGCGUGGUGGCCGAGGUCAGAACAGCGCUUAAGCCCAGUGCCCUGAAGGAUCUCCUGACAAUGACGGACAAAGUCCUAGACAUGCACAGCAGCUCUCUGUGGACCAUGGCCCAGGCCAAGGAGCCCUCGAUGGGCUCAAAUUUCCUGCUGGCUGUGGAGACCCUGGUACGCAGUCUGUCCCCCAAGGACCACCCCUUCUCCUUCAACUCCUCCAAUGUGCUGCUGCAGAGUCGGCUCCUGGAACCCACAUGUGCUGAAGACUACAAAAUCUCCUUCUCCACUCGGCCCCCAUUGCAGGCCUGGAUUCCCAAAUAUUCACUGACCCCACCGGUCCAUAAUGGAACCAGUAUCAGCAUGACCAGUGUGGUGCUGCAAAAAUUGGACCACCUUUUGCCUUUCAACCACGGGCAAGGGCUGGGGGACCUCCAGUAUGCCACCCCCGGCCUGGUGCUCGUCAUCUCCAUCACGGCAGGUAGCGAAGCCUUCACUCAAGCAGAGGUCAUCAUGGACUUUGGGCAUACAGAUGGCAACCUGCGCUGUGUCUUCUGGGACCAUAAUCUCUUCCAUCAUGCAGGAGGCUGGUCAGAUAAAGGCUGCCGGGCACAGGCAGCUAAUGAUAGCCUUGUCACUCAAUGUAUCUGCCAGCACCUCACUGCCUUCUCCAUCCUCAUGUCCCGGAAUACUGUUCCAGAAAACCCUGUCCUGACUCUCCUGAGUCAAGUGGGCUUGGGUACCUCCAUACUGGCACUGCUCCUGUGCCUGGGCGUGUACAGGCUGGUGUGGAGAGCCGUGGUUCGGAACAAAGUUGCCUUCUUCCGCCAUGCUGCCCUGUUCAACAUGGUGAUAUGUCUGCUGAUCGCAGACAUUUGGUUCCUGGUAUCCUCAGUCUUUGUUCCAGGGACUCAUGACCUGCUCUGCCUGGCCAGUACCUUCCUCUGUCAUUUUUUCUACCUGGCCACCUUUUUCUGGAUGCUGGCGCAGGCCCUGCUGUUGGCUCACCAGCUGCUUUUUGUCUUCCAUCAGCUUUCCAAGCCCCUUGUUCUCUCCCUGAUGGUGAUCCUUGGCUACCUGUGUCCCCUGGGGUUCGCAGGUGUCACUCUGGGCCUCUACCUGCCUCAAGGGCAAUACCUGAGGGAAGGGAAAUGCUGGUUGAAUGAGAAGGGUGUGGCGGUGUACACCUUUGCAGGGCCAGUGCUGGCCAUCGUGGGCGUGAAUGGGCUGGUCCUCGCCAUGACUGUGCUGAAGUUGCUGAGACCUUCACUGUCCGAAGGGCCCCCGGUUGAGAAGCGCCAGGCUCUCAUGGGGGUGCUCAAAGCCCUGCUCAUUCUCACACCCAUCUUCGGCAUCACCUGGGGCCUGGGCCUGGUGACUCUGGUGGAGGAAGCCUCCAUAGUCCCUCACUACAUCUUCAUCAUCCUCAACAGCUUCCAGGGAGUCUUCAUCUUACUGUUCGGUUGCCUCACAGACAAGAAGGUGCAAGAGGCCUUAUGCAAACGCUUCUGCCACACCCGACCCCCUAACUCUGCCAUCUCCCUGGCCACAAACGAAACCUACAUUUCCAAACACAGCGAGGGAGGAAGCCAAACUGCCAGAUGAGGACCAGCUUUCUCAGGAGCAGUGUGAGCAGCGUGUGGCACUGUGCCACUGAGCUAAAUCCCCAGCCCCAGUGAUCACUUUUCUGCUGUUCCUUUUUGAUGGUCAUGAAGAAAGGAUCCACUAAUUGAUAGGAACCUCUGAUCUUCCCAGUUACUGGAGAUGAAGGGUAGAACUUUGGUGCUUUUCGAGGUUUAGAAAAGAUGAAGUUUCUGGGUCCCUCUUCCUUUACCUUAAAAAAAAUCAAUGUAAAAUAUGUUCCAGGGACAUAUGCAUGUUUACAAGGAGGCACUGAUAUGAACAUAUUCUAAAGAAUUCUUUAUAAAAGUUUAAAGCAGAGAGGAAGGUCCCAACUGGCAAGACUUAUGGAGUGAAGAUUACAAGCAGUGACAUUUAAAUGUGACAAGACCACACUAAGACUAGAUAUACAGGAGAGCAAGAUGUAAGAAGAGCUUUCGGAGGACGGCUGGUGGGAUGAACUUACAAAAUUCACAAGCAGAAGGUGACAAGCUUCUGAAAAACACUUAGACUAGAUCAAUGAAAAAAUUCUGAUGAAUCGGUCUCUUUAAAUUACAUGAUGUAUGGGUAU